ACCACGCACCUUGCCGGCGACACCGUCCCGUCUUCAUAUCCUUCUACACCAGCGACACAUAGCGCUGGACAAACGCACACAAACCAAUGGCAUGCAGCAAAUGUCUGGCUGCACGCCGAAUAGCUGUAUGGCUCACCACUCCGAAUAUUUUUUUCUGUCUGGUGUGUCCGCUGGCGUCCUUGGUGACCUCAUACAGGUCCUGCGGGCCUUCCUUUGGACCCACAGGGAUCACCAUCUUGCCACCUGCAUCCACCCCAGGCACCAAUCGCAAUGGUGAGUGAGACAUUUGCAGCACUCUUUGGCGGCACGUACCAGGUUUGAGCUGGUCGAUCAAAGCCUAGCAGGGGCAAGAAACACACGAUCCAAUACGUGCGAGAAAGGCCGUCAUUCUGCAUCCGUCCGAUGUCUCACUUGUGGUGGGACGGAGGGAGCGGCGGCUGCCACGUGUAUGGCGUCGUAGGGAGCGAAAGGAGGAAAGCCCUUCCGCGCGUCGCCCUCCUCCAGCUGACAAACACCAUAGCAAGACUGUGGCGUUGUCUUCUGCCUGUGUGUGAAGGGUGUAUGCCUUGAAGUUGUCGGCUUCCAGCAGCUCAGGCCCCACGUCAUUCUUGACAUUCUCCUUGGAUGUCUUCACCAGCUCUACAGCGGCCCCGCCAGGUGCCAUCCAUCAAUCCAUGAAUUGAAGUGCGCUGGCUGUGCCUGUGCUGUGUGGACCUGGUAUGACAUCGAUGCCAGCCACCUUGCCUUUGUCCUCGUGCACUUGGUUGUUGUCAUCCAAAAUCCCCACCAACCGGGCCUGCAGGGCAUUCAUGCAUUCGUCUAAUGAGCUUGAUACGACAUCAACGCUCAUGUGUGUUGCGCAGCAUCGCCCACCAUGCAGACCGUCAGGUAGCCACUGCCGGAACCUGAACCACUAAGACGCUCAUCAGCACGUGCACGUGUGCCAUUGAUUGCCAUCCGUCCUUACCGACAUCCAGUGCCGAGCUGCCCUCUGUGAGGUGGUCCUUCAGGAGCUCCAGCGCAGCCGCGUGCAUAUGAGGGGCAGAGAUCGUCUGGCCAUGCGCUGCCGGAGACAUACAACAGCCACAUCCAUAUGAUGGGGCCAGAGGGCCUCUUUGCCUGUCCGCUUACAAAUAUCGGUAGGUUCGUUGAUGUAUUUCUGCUGUUUGACGUAUUUCCCCCUGUCGACCUACAGGCAAGGGAAGAAGAAAGAAAGAGAGCAGCAAACCGGUGCGUACGACUUUCCCAUGCAGCCAUUGCAGUCUGCCUGUCUACCUUGCGCAUCGCUGCGAUGAUGCGCUCAGACUUGAGUGCGGGCCCGAAGCCUUGGAUGGUAUACUGUUGCAGAUCACCUAUAAGCUUCUCCAUCUCGCCGCCCCUGCACAGUGCAAACGCAUCGAUGAGUCGCGGCCCAGCCACUGACUGCAGCGGGUGCAUGUCGUGUGUGCUCACGUCUCGGGACUGCCCAGCCGUCGGUCAGCCGCCUGCAGAGACGCAAGCAGACUCAUCAAGUGAGUGCGAGAUAGUGCGUAUGCGUGGCGAUGCCUGCGCACCUCUUCUUUCUCGGGCUGUCGAUAUCGGGCAUGUGCGACGUGGAGGAGCAGAAGAGUCAGCAGCACCGGCGCGAGCACCUUCAUCGCGUUGCGUUCGGUAAGCAGGCUCGUCAGGCAGGGCCUUUUGCAAUGCACAGGGCAGCGGGCCGCGCGGAUCGCUCUGGGGCUCGCUAUUUGGUAGCUGCAGAUCUCCCGCUGAGGAGGAGGUCACGUUUGUUGGCUGGUUUCUUCCCAGGUGACGCACUCUGGGCAUUUGCUGACCUGACAACCGGCGACGAGUUGGUCCGCCUCCGCCGCUUGUCGUGAGAUGCGAUGAAUAUGGCGCUCUUUGACUUCAUAGUGGAGUUGAUCGGAGGGUGGAGCAU